GCAAAAAAUUAUGCCAAGGUAGCCAUCAUGAAUAACAGCUAUUGCUGGAUGGUGCUCUGGAAAUCAAGUGAUAUGCAGACAUGGCUGAGUCAGCAUAUCUUCUUAGUCAUCAGCCUUCUUUUCUGCGACGAGAUUGUUGACAUAGCAACGCGCUGAAUAAACAGCUAAAGAUUGCGACCACAACCAAUUUAUCCCACCAUCGCCUGAACUCCUGCCGCACGUCAUAUGCAACUGCGAUAUUGACAGUACUCGAGAUCAUUCACGGCUGCAACUUCCAAAUACCGGAUUCACAAGAACGCAAUCCCGAAAAGAAAACCACCCACCAUGUCUUCCGCAUUUCGAGAAUCGUCGCUGUCCGCCAGCAUCAACCGCCAGUCGCUGAUGGCGACCCCAUCCGUCGCCGAGACGCUGCCAAACGCCAACUUUGGCUUCGAAGAGCUUCGCGAUCGCAUGACCAAGUUCACCUCAAAGUUUGACGCCUUUAUCGAACAGGGUCGCAAGCGCGUUUUGGAGGAGCGAAACGAAUUCCGCAUGAAUGUGGCAGAACUACAAGAGGACCAGCGCAUGAAAAAGAAGGACAUUGAGAUCCUACAACUCAAGACGAGCACCCACCAACAAACCGUAGCCAAAGAAAAGGCCGAGACGCGCGAGAUGCAGGCUUCGAUCGCGCAGCUGUCGGAAGAGCGCGACAAGCACCUGGCGACGCGGGACGCGCUCAAGAAGCAAAUCGAGGAGACGCAAAAAGAGAUUGACGCCCGGCUGGCGGCGCAGCGGGCGCACGCGAAGCAGCUCGAGGCGCAGUCGCGCUUCAACGUGCCCGAGCUCGAGUUCUGGCAGCAGAACCUGGGUUUGCGGAUCGAGGGCGCAGGCAAGGACGACCGGCUCAAGUUUGUGUACACGUACGUCGACGACCAGGACUGGGAGCGGGAGGCGUGGUUCGAGCUCAACACGGCGAGCCGGGACUACGAUGUCCGGCACUGCCGGCCCAAGCUGGAGCGGGAGAGGGUGGAGAGGGUGCUGGACCAGCUUAAUGAGACGAGGGAGCUGGCGGUGCUGCUCAAGGGGAUGCGGGAGUUGUUCGUGGAGGCGAUGAAGGCUUGAGGGAGAAAUGGAGGGGAGGCUUUGGGGCUCUGGUUACUGACGAGGCUGACGAUCACUAUGACAUCCUCUUUCCGUUUUUAUUUUCUUUCUUUCAAUGGAUACCCACUUUGGCGCAGGUUUACUCAUUACGCCUGUCUAUAAGUCUGUUACAGGUAUGGAGCAGUCUCGAAGCAGCAGUACAUGUGAUUAGUUUCGCGAAGUCUAGAAUGCACUUGUUGUUCUCGAUCAUUGGAAGGGUCUCUUUGUCAAUG